CACAAUGAGCCACGUCCAAGAUUCGACUUCACUUUCUGAUUUACUACAUACCUCGCCACUAGCAUCACUGACCAAUGUUCAAGCUGAUACGAAGGGUCCCCUGCUUAAUCUUGCUGCGCUGAAUACACUACAGAUAACUGAUGCAGAACAACCAGAAGACGCUACAGUGGAACUAAUUAAAUUGCAAGGAUCCAAAAUAGAACUAAUCGAACAAAGAGACAACUUAGUUAAACAGAGAUCAGAGAUUAACCUGAAAGUCGAGGAUGCACGACUACGUCUACGUUUCUUAAAGGAACGACAAACAAGAAAUGCAGCUCGGAAACGCAUGGAUGAGCUACUCAAAGAAAAUACGCAUGAGUAUCACCGGGCUAUAAAUACACGGAAUCGCGAACAAGAAGAUUACGUACUGAAGAGUUUAAAUGUAUAUCCCUCUACAGACUGGGAUAAGCGAUUGGAUCAAUUGCGAAUGUUUACUCCUCAUUUAGAAUUGGAAAAGUUGGAUACUGCAAAUUACUACAAUGACGACAAUAGGAUGAUGCGCACAAUUCAAUAUACUGUGGUGUCUCCGUUACUUUUCAAAAUACCCCUUCGUGUUGAUGUAGAUUAUGCUGAUGACUCAGUGGUCAAUAUACAGUUUGGAAAGUUGGAUACCCCGCCGAUGUUAAUCAUAACGCUGUUGUCACCAUCCUUGGCUAAGGCUCUACUUCAAAAUUAUAUACCCAAUAAGAAAAUCAAUUUGGUAAUGUACAGUCUUAACUCAUUAUCGAUAUUAGUCCAUCGACGAAUUUCUACUAUGUACAAGAUUAUCAGAAAAUACAGGAGUUUAAUUAAUGACCAGUCGAUAUUACGGGAUCUACUUGCAGAACAAGAAUGCGAUGAUAAUUUGACACUAUUUGCAAUAAUGAAACUGCUUGAUAGGAUCCAGCUUGAGAUAAACAACAAGCAUAAAGUGACAUUGACUUGGUCAAUUAUACUAAAGGACACCAUAACUGGAAAUUGCAACUCACAGCUAAACUUGUAUGUGACUGAUGUGCACAACAAACAUCAUGAAAACUACCAUUCUCUAAAUGAAGCAUUUCAAAAUCUAGUUAAACAAUACGGAGUUCAAAAGGCAUUGGAAAAUCUACUCAAGAAUGCAUUUGGCUAUACGGUAUAGGUUAUUUUUAUUUAGUUAUACAACACCUGGUGAUUAUCUAAAUCAAACGAGAUUCUACUAUUAUGUACCACGGGAGCAACCCCGGCCUUUAAUUGUUCUUGUAAUUUCAGAAUGAACCAUUCGUUACAAAAUGUAGUCAAUUGUAAUAUAAACACGCUCUUUUCGUUGGCUUUGUUAUAGUCGUGUAUGGGGAGAUAUGAAAAUCCAAGGUCGCCAUCCUGUUCGUUUGCUUCUCCAUCUUCAUCCUCCUUGGUGAUAUGUAAGAAUUUCUCGAUGUUCAACGAUUUUCCAAAUUGCUCAUUCAUGUAUGAUUCCACUCCAUGGAUCAAAUCAUGACGAAUGUCUUCCCAUUCUAUUCCUAAUAAUUUAUUUCCAAUGGACUUUUUAUAUUUGAAGUAUCGAUAGAUCCAGUUCCCAAGUAUGGUGGUUUUCUUGUUAAAAGAUGCCGUACUUGCCUUGGAAGAAGUUCGCACUUCCUUCACAAUUGGUCGAGUAAAGUUUACAACAUCAUCCAUGUGUGAGACAGAUUCAGCUACAUCAGGAACAGCAUCUAUUGUAGUUGGUCCGAAAGACGAAACAAUCUUGGAAAGUCCUUCAAUUGGGAAUUGGAUGUUGUCUAAGGUAGAACCGUUCUUGUUUUGUGUUCUGACUUCAGCUUCGUUAUCUUCAGAUUUAUCAACAUUGAAAUUGAUGACAUUCUUGGAUAGUGGUGACGACACAUUAGGCUGGGAAGUUCGUUUAAGUUUUUUCUUCUUCAAUUGGGUUCCGUUGGGGGCAAUUUUCUUCUUGAUAAUUGCCAGUUCGUCAGCGGUAUCAUCAGACUCGCUUGUCUCCGCAUCUUCCAAAUCUCUCUUCCCGGUCUUUUUCUUGACAGGAGCAUUAUGUUCUUCAUCAGCUAAACAUUUCAAUCUGGUCUUGUACAUGUUUUCCGCAUAUGCAAUUUCAUAAUCGGUGUCUUUGUCAAAUUCAGCAAUUUGAUCUUCAGGAAUUAAUUCUAUACCUGGAACAGUAGCUCCACCAAAUGGAUUCUGGGCUAAUUCUUCUGAAGUGAAACUAGUUUCUAAAUAAGUGUACAUCACCCAGAGGAAUCGUUGUGCUUUGUUCUUAGGGUGAAUCUUGGGAUUCAUAAAGAAUUCCAUCAAUUGAUUGCUAGGUUCGUCGGGACCGAAAUAGGGAAUUCCAUGUAACGAGUUACUCAAGAGGAAAAUCAACUGUACGACGUUUGUGUUUGGUUUUUUGGCCGGCGGAUUUGAAAUCAU